UCACCUGAAGAAUCCUGAUGUUGCAGCCAAGAUUCAGAAGCUUUUGCAAUCAGGUCUCAUUUCUAUUAGGUAAACAUGUUCCAGCAUUUUUUGCAUCUCUUAUCAACCGAGAAUAUGUCACUGACAACCUAUUUUUUUAUCAUUAUUAUUAUUUUUUUGUUAUCAUUAAUAUUAUACCUUUAUUUGUUUUUGUUUUUAGAUAUUUUCUGUUGCUUUCUCUCAGUCUGUAUUUUUGUCAUUAUGCCUUUUAAUAGCAGAUGUUGUCAUGUCACUGCAUUUCAUUCAAGAGGAAAUGCAUUGAUUGAGUUUACAGAAAUGAAAAAUUGUUCUUCAGAGUUGAGGCCGAUUUUUUAAAAGGAAAAUAGAUUUAGAUAGAAUUAAAGGCAGUGUUGAUGUUGCUCCUUUUUAUUAUUAUUCAUCUAAAUAAAUGUCUAUUUCUGAUGAAUAAAUUUCAAAGAUUUGACUUAUCCAAUUUUUAAUUAAACUUGAAGUACAUUAACUUCUUUUGUUUGAUUAAUGCCUCUUUAUGUUUGAGGUAGCCGAUGUCUGAACCUACUGGUGUAGUAGGAAACCAACCAGGAUUUCCUUUGUUAAUACCUCUAACCAAGAUGUAUGUAUGUAUUGUGUCAGUGGAUGUAUCUUAUAUGUGUUGCAAGGGAUUUUUGAGUCUCCUGAACAAGGCAUUAGUUAUGAUAGGGUAAGAAUGGUAGAUCUUGGCAACUCAGAUCUUCAACAUUGUAUUCUCAUGUCCUAAAAAAGGAAAACAAUUGUUUGGAAGCCUCAACAAAGCUUUCAGCAAAUGAACACAAGAAUAAUGCUUUUUAUACUUAAGUGCAGUCUAGUGCUUUGGUUCCUUUUAAGUCACUAAUGCUUGAUUUUGAUAAAGUGACAAGAAAGUGAAUGGCUUGACUGUUGAUUUGAAGUCCUGAUCAUUUCUCUUGCAAGCCUGGAAACUUUCACUCUCUUGUUCAGGUAAAUUUACUUGUAAAGCUCAAUAUAAUGUCUAUCAGAAGAGGAAGCCUUGACUAAAAACUCCAUAUCCUUGUUCCUUCAAAAUGUCUUAGGUAUUCAAGAUUUUGUCAAUAGGAAGAUGGAAAUACUUUUGAUCACUUCAAGAAAUAGCUCAUGAUUAGUACAGAUGUCGAGUAUUUCAUGAAUACAAUUCAGACUGAUGAAAAUAUCAAGAGAUCAGCUGUUGGACCAGAAUGGAAAAGGACACAUUAAAAGAGAUAAUACUAAGAGGUCUAGAAUGUCCAGUCAGGUGCUCAGUAGCCGACUGUACUUGGGUUACAUUUAGUGUUAGGAUCCCAGUUGUAUGUGCUGGCCCUAUGUCAUUUGGUGUUGGAAGACAAUACCAUUUCUCAUGUCUUUUAGUCUGGAUCUCAGUAAUUAUAUGAUAGCUAAUAUUCUGUGAUCCUUAAAUACAAUAUUUUUUUUAUUAACUUUGAACUUGUAAGAUACGUUCUGUGAAAUACAAAGGAUUGUUAAUAUUCAUAAGUACAAUGCAUUUCUAUCAACCAUUCACCAUCAUAAUUCACAGCUGAGAAUAGGUGUACCAGCAUACCUUGUACAGUGUUCAUGUUCUGGUAACAUUAAAGAGUAUCAUAGAUGAUAUAACAAUUAAUAUUAAAGAAAGGGUAACCUAAAAAAGAUAGCUGGCAUCUCUCAUGAUUUCAUUUUUAAACAUUUGAUUUCACUUUGUUUUUUCCUAUGUUAGGAAGAAGUAUGCUAUGUGAUUCCUCAUAGGCAUUUCUUGUGUGAUAUUUAUAUGAGAGUAAAUAUGAGCCUGAAAUUAAA